AUGGAUCAGGGGAUAGUGAGGGUUGUCAAUGGCGGAUGGAUUGAUGGGCUUACGCGAGAUGCUGUGACGCGACCCGACACGAGCACGAUUCUUUGGGAAACUCUCUACAAACCGUGGAAUUUAUUUACGAAACUCGAUAAAGGAGACGACGUGACCACGGCUGAGUCUGUGACUCUGUUACGCGACGUUUGUUCUGGGCACGAUUCUUCAGACAAGAACUGUUCAGUCGUAUGUACCAGCCCGCAUGAUUUGUUCGCCUCUUGGAGGACCCUAUGGCAAUGCCUGUCUCUCACAUCUUUGACUCUCGCAAACUCCACAUUUUCUACGCUCGAUCAAUACCAUGGCGGGGCAGGAAACGGGACCUCAAGGGAGCAGAUCUCGAGCGCCUUGAUGUCUUUCGGCAUCACUAAUGCGACCGAUUUUGACGGGAGAGCGGUUCUGAAUCUGACUUAUGAGUGUGCUACUGCAAGUUGCCGCGACACUAGCAUGGGAAAGUGCUCUAUCGGCCAGCUUGGCCCUGGGUAUUUUCAGCGUGAAACUAUCCAGUGGAUCAAAGUGUACGAGGCUCUUGCGCCGCUCUGCGAUGGACUGGAAAGCGAUAUAAACAUCGAUAUUGCUGGACCAGGAGUACUAAUAACAUACAUCACUCAAACAGCCAUGGUGGUCUUUGCAUGGUUGUUCUUCCUACUUCUAAAAGUCAACAAGUUCAUCAACACUUCAACAUCAAUCUUCACACAUCUCUUUCGAAAACGGAACCCUGGACCCAAUCUCUUAACCCAUCGUGUAUCAGGUCUUGAACGCCUCGAACGCACGAAUCUUGCGCACGCAACGAGCACCUUUCUUGCAGAGCUUCACGAAGCACAGUGCUUCUUCGUCGUCGCUAUAGAGAUAGCCCUGAUAAACGCGAGCUCACGAUCUGCUAUCUUCACUGGCGCUGAGAACUGGCAGAGCCUUCUAUGGAAUCGUGACAGUGUCCAGUUCCUAGCAGGUAUGGGGGCUUGGCCCAUUAUUCUCGGACAGAUCUCCCUCCGAAGAGCCGAGCUCGACUCGAUGUACUACCUCCUCCUCUCGACACUUGCGUUGGUACUUGCGGGUGUUGCAGCAGAUACAGCUGCAAAUCCAGACCCAGAUCGGAUUUACAAAAUGUUUCAAGGGCAGAAUACCCUUGAAGAAUGCGGCGGUCAUCCUUCCCUUCGAACCUUUUGCGUGGAAGAGCGAGAGAGUAUAUACUGGUAUGUCUUUCCAGCGGGAAGCAUAUACGCAUUCCUCGGAUUGCUUGCUAUACUAUGGUGGGCCAAAAUUUGGACCUUGUGCAAUUCGCCAGCAUUGUUUCUCCAAAAGCAUAAGUCCUUAUCAAAACGGCAACUUGAAGCUUGGGAAUGGAUCAAGUGGAUCCUUAUAAAAGCUGCUCUUUUCGCAAUUCACAUUGCCGAAGCUGGUGCUCUUGCUUGCAUAUGCUUUGGUCUAGCAGUCAUCCGUGCACCACUCCUGAAUUUAUUGCUGAGAGGAGAGACAGGGACCUGGAGCGUUGGACAGCUGGUUGCGGUAUUGAUUUGGGCACCGGUGAUAUCCAAGUAUGCCCAUCUGGCAAUUCUCGGCGUGGAGAAAGGUUUCAGGCUUCGCUUGUCCAAAGCAUUUGAAAUUGUGAAGAAGUCGGAUACUAGUAAGCUGGGUGCCAGGCCGCCGUGCUCACCAAUCCAAUCAUACCAGCCCAACCCCGCUUGCUGCAUUUAUCGAGCUGAACCCGACAAGCUGAGCUUUGUACAAGUUAUCAGCUUCUCUCUUCCUUUGGAACAACUAGACAACACGAUGGCAUCCUACAACUACAGCACGAUGGACACCCUGGACUGGCCCAAGAUUAUUGUUAUUGGUUUGGUCUGGACACCGUCGGCGUACUUCUUCAAUUCUUGGGUCGAUAGCCAACCGCCUGGUACCUUUGUAAGCAUUGCCUGUGUAAUCUUCUCAAUCAUCAGCCUCUUGGCUGGUUUCCACCUCAUUUGCUUCGCUAUUUUAGUUCUUCUAUCGCCAUUAUUUGCCCUUGCAUUACUCUACCGAUUAAUCAUAGAGCUCCCUUACCUAUGCACCGGGUUUGGUCCUUGGUGUCUCUCAUUGUUCUGUGCUCAGAGGCCGCCACUUUACGCGUCGCGAAGCGAGAUGCCACAAGGAAAGGACUCCUCCUCUGGUAUUCUUCAUUUGGCGCCCAGACAAGUCCAGUGGCUGGAGCAUCCUCGGUCUCCAGGUCACGUAAUUCUCGUGACUGUGAACAAGGCAUCGAAGCCAGGAACCUCUCAGUCCAAAUCUCAGCAAUCCGACAUAACUGGCUCCGGGCCCAGCUUCCGUUGGGCUCGAGAAAUAAUUGAGAAGUGCGAACGAGAGCACCACAAUUGCCGGAACCACUUUAUCCGAUCAGCCAGUCAGCGGUAUCUUCCCAAAAGACUUAUUGACGUCCAAUCGAGGGACAAGGGAGUCGUACAGCUUUUGUUGAGUGGCGAAAUCCAACCAGCAGAAAAUAUCGUCGAAUAUGCUGCCCUCAGUCACUGCUGGGGUGCUACGGUCAAGUCUGAGCUCAGGGAGGAUAAUGGAGAAACGACGAAGACGAUUCUGAUAGAGACUUUGGAUCCAAACUUCCGAGACGCCGUUGACAUAACUUACAAAUUGGGUAUCAAAUAUCUAUGGAUCGACUCACUAUGCAUCAUGCAACGCACUAAGGAAUGGGAAGAGGAGUCUGGCGAUAUGGGCCUUGUUUAUGCAAGGGCCAAGGUUGUAAUCUCUGCGACAGCAUCCAAGAACUCAGAAGGCGGCUGCUACAAACCCAAGGAUCUCUUUCCUUAUCACUGCGUUCUAGGCAGCAACUGGACCUCUUCACUCGUCGUUCGCUCGUCAAUCAAGUAUGCCAACCUGGUCCAGCUCUUCGGGGAGAAGGUCGACCGUUCGUUCCUGGCCACGAGAGGCUGGACCUUUCAAGAAAGAUUUCUGGCUAGCAGGAUACUGCACUUCUGCUCAGGUCUUAUGAUGUUUGAGUGUAACACAUUGACUACCUCUGAGUGUCAUGAGGAAGAAGAGUAUCCCCUGAAUACCCAAUUUAGCCAGAAUGGGACGAUGAACGCGCCGACAGUCCCUCAUCCAGGCCGUGAAUCACCCAAACGACUCUGCAAUAGGACGAUCAUACGACGUGCUGGGUCUUCCACAAGACAUGUUACACGCCCAGCCAGGGACACAAUUAGGAAAACCUGCUUCCUCUGGUCUUUCAUGGGACAAGAUAUGAAGGAGAAGGCAGAGUUUCACCUGCGGUGGUACGAGAUGGUGACGAGCUACUCGGUUCACAAUCUUACAAACGAGAACGACAAGAUGAUGGCCAUUGCUGGCGUGGCUUACUUCAUCCAGCAAAGUACGGGCUUCAAGUACGCUGCUGGCCUCUGGCAAGAGACCUUGCCCUUCAAUCUCCUCUGGAUGGUGGAUUCUGGGGUCAAAAGGCGACCGUAUGGUCGGUCUGUUCCCUCGUGGUCUUGGGCAUCCGUGGACGGUAAGAUCUCGCACCUUCUAAAGAAAAUCGACCCAACCUCUGUCUCUGGCUCAAGCGUUGACCUGACGGUCGAGGGCAGCAGUGUUUCCGAUUCAUGGGAGUAUAUAAAGUCCUUGGUAUCCGACCUGAAAGUUCAAGCUACACAUAUGGUCAACGGCAUGGCCCAUAAUGCUACGCUGACGCUGUCCUGCCCGCUCCGAACCUUGGUCCUUCGUCAUUAG